AUGAAUAUUCUACUGAUUGUCUUGUUAAUGUCAUACGAAGUCAGUUUAUAUGUGAUGGAUAGAGAUUAUUUAAGAAGACGAUCAGAACUUUUUCAAGAAGACAGUCAAACACAGAUCGGGUUUCACAUCAAGUUAUCCGAAAAAGAACUAAAAGUGAACGCGUUGUUUGUCGACUUAAAAAAGAAGGAACUUGAUUUGGCGUUUUCAACUGGUAGAAGUUUACAAGAAGCUAAUUUCGUACUUGCCCGUGAGAAAAUUAAACAAAGUGAUGUAUACAGAUUUAUAAGGAAGAUGCCAAAAGGAGCAGUGCAUCAUAUCCAUGAUAUGUCAAUGGCAAGUUAUGAGAAUGUGAUCAAGAAGUGGACUUAUAAUGACAUCUGUUUCAUGUGUUACAAUAACAUUUUAAAAAUUUUAAAAUUCAAAAUAUCCAACACAAAGCCUGAAGAUAGCCCCGGCGAUAAUUGCCAGUGGAUAUUGGUUGCAGAGGCUCGUAUGAAUUACACAAGUUCAGAAGACUUUGACGCAAUGCUUUUAUCAUUUUUAACUUUUCAAAAAAAUGAUAUAAGAAACCAAAACGAUCUGUGGAAUAAAUUUGAAACUUUGUUUUUGACGUUUUCUGGUUUAAUGACCACUAAUUUGAAGCAUUAUAGCAACGAGACGGAGUCUUUGAAGUUUCUUAAGAAGAUCAUUCUGCUGUACGUAAAUACUGAAUGGGAAAGGUUGGGGCUUGAAACACAACCAGCUUUGCUUACAUAUGACGUCUUUCGAGAACAAACAACUGAUAAGUUUCCAGAUGUGCAGAAAGAUAGCAACAUUUUGUCAACGAAGAUACCACCGAACAUGACACAUGUGUUUCAAACACUGGAUUUAACUGUGAACAAGUUCGCGAAAGACUUCAUGAAGAGAACGUUUACUGCAUGGUUUUCAAGACAAAUACCUCUAGGACUAUCGUCCUUCAGUUCUCAAACCACUGAAAGUGAAGAUGACUCCGACUCAGAAUGGGAUUCUGACGGUGACUCUGAUAAUUACUCAGCACCAGAAUCAGAUGAUGAUGGAAAUGCAUUUGAUUAUACCCGACAUUAUAUACUAUCAUCUUAUAGAUAUGAAGAAAUAUUCAAAGAUUAUUUUUACAGUGGAAUGCAAGAACUGGUAGAAGAUAACGUACAGUUUGUAGAAGUUCGUGCAAUGUUACCACCACUCUACUUUUUAAAUGGUACAACCACUAAAGGCGGUAGAGAAACGUUGGAAACAUACAUUAAAGUUGCAAACAAAUUUAUAUCUGAACAUUCAGAUCAUUUCUUCGCAGCUAAAUAUAUUUACUCUGUGCGUCGCUUUCUACCAAAAGAAACAAUGAAACAAAAAGUUUUGGAUGCGAUUGAUAUGGUUGAGCGAUAUCCAAAUCACUUGAUAGGAUUUGAUCUAGUAGGACAAGAGGACACUGGAAGAUCAUUGUUUUAUUAUAUUGAUGAACUUCUCAUACCAAAACAUCUUGGAAAACAUCUGCCAUAUAUCUUCCAUGCUGGUGAAACAGAUUGGGAAGGAAGAUCUAUAGAUCAAAAUCUCUUCGACGCCAUUUUAUUAAACACAUCUCGUAUUGGACAUGGAUACGCUAUCACGAAACAUCCAAUAUUACGAAAAUAUACGAAAGAAAAAAAGGUUGCAAUUGAACUUUGUCCGAUUUCUAAUCAAAUACUUGGUCUAGUUUCUGAUUUACGAGAUCAUCCAGCUGCUGAUCUUCUUAGUGAUAACCAGCCAAUCACAGUUAGUCCCGAUGAUCCAGCAAUCUGGCAAGCUUCUGGAGUCUCGUUUGAUUUAUAUCAAGUGUUUAUGGCUAUGACACCUGCACAUGCUGGUCUACAAGUUUUAAAGAAGUUGGCUUUAAAUUCUAUCAGCUAUAGCAGUGUUAAUGAAUCGGAGAAGUUUUUGUUAAUGGAAAUGUGGAAGCGAAGAUGGGAAGUCUUUCUCGACGAUAUUAUACUGGAGUACCGACUAUGACGUAUCACAUCUGUUUUCUCACAGUGCAACCUAAAAGAGUGCAACACAGCGCAAGUGAAAAGCUUACAUGCGAAAGAAUCACUUUCUACACAAUAACCUUAAACCAUAGUCACAGAUUUUUUCGUCUGAAAUGUUUAUCGACCCACUUUUCUUAACCUCGACGACUUUACGUCACUUUGGGUUGAUGACGGUUGGUAUACGGAUAGCAUUUUUUAUCGCGCUUUCUAUCCAUCCAACGUACUGUCAGAAAUAUGCGCAAGACGGUUUUUUUUAUGAAUUAAUCGAAUUCAGUUAGUUUGCGGGAAUUUAUUUUGUCCUUUCCGCGACUAAGAAAAGGUUAUUUUUUUUAAUAAAAACAAAUUGAAAUAAAUUUAUAUAAACAACAAAACGUGCUUCCAUUUGGCUUCAGGUAUGUUUUAUUCGGCAGAAUUAUCUCUCACAAAUCAGCCAAUAAAACGUGUGGCGUCAAUCUUAACAAAAAAUAUGAGGAAUGUCACGAAAAUAAGGAGAUGACUGUUAGGUGAACAUCCUGAAUAUGAAUGUAUAGCAUGAAAAUUACUGCUCUCAUUCUCUUGACUUAAACAUUUGACACUACCCAUGUUUUGUAUUUAACGACGAGAUAUGUAACUGUCUUUUGUUAUAAACAGUCUGGUAACGAAGUAAUUUUUUUUUAAUGAAUGUAGUCACAAUGUGUACAUAUUUAUAUAUUGCUAGAUGUGGGAAUUUGUAGAACGCGAACAUUUUAUGAUAAAAUAUUGUACAAUAAAUAAAUUAAAAAUAUAUUUCUUCUUGUUAUAAAA